AUGCGCUCGGCUCGCAGGUGGAAGCGGCCUGUAGUGAGAGACUUAUUGCGGAAAUUCUCCAAACGGAUGAGGAGAGCUAUCAAACGGAGAAUGAAGGGAGAAAGCAGACGACAAUGGAUCGAGAGGAAUUUACACGACUCCGAAGUGGGCGUAAUGCUUGAUGUUGUUCAGUGUAUUCUGAGCUUUGUAAUGGUGAUUGCCAUGAUAAAGCUGAACUGGAAGAACCCCGACACUAAUUUCACUAUCGGGUACCUCGCGAUCGAUACUAUUAAUCUCGUAGCGACGCUAGCGAAUUUUGGUUUGAGAUUUUAUUCAGCAAGCAACCGCAGAAGCUUUUUGCUACACUGGUUAUCGGUGGUCGAGAUGAUUUGCGUCCUGCCGCUUCUGGUGGAAUUUACAACUGGGACAACAGAUUCCAUUCCACAUACCCACGCAUUUCGCUUGCUAAUGAUGUUGCGGGUUAUGCGGUUAUUACAAUUUUACCGCCUUCUUCGACUAGCAAAAAGCGCAAAACUCCGGCAAGGUCUGCUGAUCUGUCUGACAACUCUAUGCGUCAUAAUGUGCGGGGGCAUCUUUAUGCAGACCAUCGAGUACUGUGAUCCAGUACACAAAGGAACACAGAUUUCUGGCGAAACGUGCCAAGAUAUGACUUUUUUAGACGCCAUUUAUUUUGUUUGCAUUACCAUUGCGACAGUCGGAUUCGGAGAUGUUGCACCAAAAACUAAUUUGGGUAAAGCCUUCGAUGUGGCACUGAUCUUCUUCGCUGGUGCCUUGAUUCCUAUUCAAAUUAGCGGGUACUCAUAUAUACUCAGCCGAGAGACAGCAUUCGAUAAAAAGUAUGAACCUGACAAGAGCACACAACACGUCUUGCUCUGUGGCGAGGUUGAAAACGGAGCCUUGCUUUUCUUUUUACACAAUUGGCUGCAUAAAGAUGAAGAGCGUCGAACACGCCGGAAAGUAGUAAUCCUGGCACCUACAUUGCCAUCGAAUGAUUUGAGGCGAGUUCUGCUCCAUCCGGACUAUGAGGAGAGAGUGAUCUAUCUUCAGGGCUCAGCAAUGGUUGCCGCAGAUCUCCAACGUGCCGCGGCUCCAACGGCGGAAUACUGUUUUGUCAUGGUUAAAAAACACAGCGGAACGCUCGAUCAAAACGAUACGGCCGCCAACCUGAUCACGUGCUCAGUGCGCAAGAACAACCGACAUGCACCUUUGCACGUCCAAGUUUCCAAAUUCGAUAACACCCGACAUUUCCACAUUUCCGGAGCCACUGCUGUGAUCUGCUUGGAGCAGCUCAAGCUGGCGUUUUUCGGCAAAUGUCUAUGGAUUCGAGGAUUAAAUCCCUUUUUUGGAAACCUCAUUCAUAAGUUUUCCCACACCGAAGAGUGCAGAGGAUAUUGGCUGUCAGAUUACCUCUCAGGGUGUGAGCAGAAGAUAUGUGAAGCAGCUCUACCUCCAUUUUUACUCAACAUGCCAUCGUAUCGAGCUCUCGCCGUGUUGUUUUAUCGCGAAUUUGGCGUUCCAUUGGUCGGCUUACGAACCAUCGAGGACACGACCGCCGUUUACCCUGUUGAUGAACAACUGUCGGAUGGGAAUUUCUUGAGUGUUUUCUUCAUUGGCCGCGGGAACGACAUCGCCUCCAAGAUCGAAAAAAUGACUCCAGCCAUUUUCGCUCGCCACGCUGAUAUUGCUCCUGCUUCGUUGGGGAUGAGUGCCAAUCGUAACAUUCGAACAGUAGCAACCAUCCUCACUGCUGCGAUUGAGAACAAAAUUCCUUUCGGACGUCGCGUGUCAGUUGGAUUUGGUCGUGACCGUCGCAUCAGCUCAACCCCGGACAAGCCUAAUGUGAAGAGAAGCCUUCGUUUGAGCAUGUUUUCCGGUCGAGCGAUGGACAAAAUUGCGCCUGUGGACAGAGAGGACGAUGAAGCGGAUGAGCAAGCAUUUGAGAAUGAAGAAACCCCAACACUACCUUCUGCUGAAGAUAACCGCUUGGACGCUCGACGCUUUACUCCGAGGCACACAGACUCGAACCACAUCACACGCGAUGAAAACUACUCGUUAGGAAACCCGUCAGAUGCAGCCGAAUCGCCAGUCGGCAGACCCUCGAAGCCUGUCAUGCCAGUGAUUGCUUUGACGCCAGCCGAGUUAGUGAAAAAGGCAACGACACCACGUGGCCGGACGAAAGAUCCAGUUAUUAAACCUUUGUCAAGUCGAAUGCCGUUAAGUGCCAGAAGUGCCAGGAGUACAGUUGAGCGCAGUACACGAGACCAAAGCGUUCGGGAAUCUUUCAUGUAUCCAAAUGAUUCCCACGCCUCCAACUGGGAACCCGCUCCUCUUCUUCGACCGUCAGUUGCUGCCAGUGGAAACCUUCGCUCACGUAUUCGUCAUAUGUCGCUUUGCUUCCGUCGCGACCCCCCGCCAAUUACACUGAGCGAUCACUACGUGGUGUGCGGAACUCCCAGCAACUACGAAGACUUUCUGGCCAAUUUGAGUGACCUGAAUGAGAAGGUUUCAGGUGUGAUUUUUAUUACGCAGCGGCAGCUGACGGAGAAGGAUUUCAUGGCACAUCAGCUGCACGAGCGUCUGUAUUUCGUACGUGGGUCACCGCUCAGCAUGCACGUGUUCCACACAGCUCGCAUGAUGUACGCUCGGAGUAUCUUGAUCAUGUCGUACUGUGGGAUGGAGAACACUAGCAGCAUGGACCUUGAAAACGAUCUGGAGAAUAAGGAUGAGAAUAUGGCUGACGUCGACGCUAUCACUACGCACCGAUUCAUCACUGAGGCCCUGCAGAACGAGGCGUCUCGACCGGAGAGGAAUGGGACCAACGAAAAGAGGCCAAUGCCGUUUAUCGUCGCUGAAAUGAUUCGACCCAGUAAUGUCAAGUUUCUCAUUGACCGGAAUGGCUCCUUGUUCGACGCAAAGGCAGCGGCUAACGAGCCACGCCAACGCGAUCUGCUCAAGGACGUGAAAUUCCUCGACAGCUCGUUCUUCAGUCCACUCUACGCGUCAGGCCACAUUUACUUUUCCAAUUUCAUGGAUGCACUCAUGGGGUCUUGCUCCAACCAGCAACUCAUGAUCGAGAUGGUGACGCAACUUGUCAUAAGUGGGAAUAUGAGCAUAAAGAUGCCCAACCGAGUGCAAAGAUCACGACACCGAUUGACGCAGAUCCCAGCGCCCGAGCGGUAUCAUUUUCGCCCUUAUGCACUGCUUGACACCAUGACGCUAGGUAUUUAUCGCAGUGCCAACACUGCGACCUCUCCGCAGUAUGUGCUCACGAAUCCUCCAGGUGAUGAGCUGGUCACCCCCCAAGACUUGCUUUUCGUGAUCAAAUGA